AUGGCGCCCGCGACAUCGUCCACAACCCUAGGCGGUGUGAAGGCCAAGCGACGAAGAACCAGUCCCCAGGAUCAUGCUAUCCUCGAAGCUGCUUACCAGAAAAACUCAAAGCCAGACAAGGCAGAGAGAGCACAGAUUGUCAGCCAGGUCGAGCUGGGGGAAAAAGAAGUCCAGAUCUGGUUCCAAAAUCGUCGCCAGAAUGACCGACGCCGAUCUAAACCAUUGCAGCCCCACGAGCUCGCCGCCCAUCUUCGCAACAGUAACGCCAGUUCCAUUUCACCUCAGACCAGCUCAUCGCCGGGCUCAGGACAUAGUCCGGUGUCGCACGUUGCUCCAAACUCGUUCCUUGCCCCAUGCGAGGUUAUCGACCGACCUGCUUCAAGGGCUUCGAGUAUUCAUGACCUGCUAAACCCAGCCUCUUCGGCUGAGGCCACUGGUAGUCAAGACACAGUCCAAUAUGGUACCCAAGAGACGGCUCACCCAUCCACACCUCCAUCAAGUCUUGACGAACCCGCCAAAGCCAUAGUGCGGGAAGCAACCCCUAACAAGGCAGAUGCGCAUGGGCUAGAGAGCGUUGAGCCUGGCUCCGAGGGUACCAACGAGCAUGGUAGCGCUAGGAAGAGAGAUCAUGACGAAAUGCUUGGGGAGAAGGGUCUGGCACCAGAUGCAAUCGCGCGGGUUGAUGGCGAGAUGUCAGCACGAGUCAAGGAGCCCCUCAAAAGAACGUCCAGUAUGGUCCGACUGUCUAUGACCGUUGAUGGAGCGAUGAAGAUUCGAACCAACAAUGAACCCACACCCUCACCGGAGAAACCCCGUGCGCCACCUCCACCGUCACUGCAGAGCAAAGUGAAGACCCCACUGGUUCGGAGCAAGAGCGCCAUGAACAGCAUUGAGUUAUCUCAGAACUCUGGCCAGGGAGCACAGAACCGGCCUGUCGGGGCUAGCUUUGGUCGGUCGCGAGACGCCAGGACCUGGGAAUUCUAUUGCGACAGCAACACCAAAGAUGCCCUAUCCACUCAAGCAGAAGCUGAGACGGCCGGGUCUGCUGUUAGUGCCAUCAACCUUAUCCGAACAAACAGCUUCAAAUCACGCUCGCAAGCGCUCAGCCCAUCACUGUCCAAAGCGAACAAUCGCCUCACCCCAGGGUUGAAAGGGGGCAAACCGAAACUAGCGCGUGCAAAGUCGUCUCUGGCCCGUUUGCAAGGAUGUGAUGGCACUGCUGAACCGUCGAAGAGCAAAUCUAAGCGUCCCGGCCAUAUGCGAUCAGAAUCGGGAGAUUCAGACAAGGAGAACUGGGCACCAGGCACGAGAUUGUCGGAGCAUCCACUACGCAGAACUCAGCCUAGUGCCAGCCAGCGACUGAUUCUCCAAGAGAACGAGGACAUGACAUUCCCCGAUGCCAGGUCUUCCCGGAAGCUGCGGGAUGGGAAAACAGGAAGUCGAGAAUCUCCGACGAAAGAGAAGGCCAAAGGCGAAGAACUUGAUUGUGUCCAAGGCUUACUCUCGCUCAGCCAAGGGGCGUGGAGAUGA